UUCCUAUUGUCAUUGUAGAAUUUCUGCAUAUCCAUGUAGCUUGAAAUUAUUGUAGUGUUUGUGUCCGAUCUCGUUACUUCAUGCUUACUUUCUUUCUCACCGCCGUUUUUUGCGCCACACACCUGUCUCCGAUCGUCAGUCAUGUUAAUGGGAAAUACUUUACUGAGCAGGAAAUGUCUCAUUACAGAGACAGAAUAAAGUCCAUGUUUUAUCAUGCUUACAAUAGCUACCUGGAAAACGCGUACCCUUAUGAUGAGCUGAGACCUCUGACAUGUGAUGGACAGGACACAUGGGGCAGUUUCUCGCUUACACUCAUUGAUGCACUGGACACAUUGCUGAUUUUGGGAAACCACACUGAGUUCCAGCGUGUGGCCACUCUGCUUCAGAACACUGUUGACUUUGACACCGACGUCAAUGCGUCCGUGUUCGAGACAAACAUUCGAGUUGUUGGUGGGCUUUUGUCAGCCCAUUUGCUUUCUAAGCGUGCUGGAAUGGAGGUUGAGGUGGGCUGGCCCUGCUCUGGACCUCUACUGCGAAUGGCAGAGGAUGCCGCCCGUAAACUGCUGCCUGCAUUCCAGACACCCACAGGUAUGCCAUAUGGCACAGUUAACCUACUGAAGGGUGUUAACCCCACUGAGACACCCGUCACCUGUACUGCUGGAGUGGGCACCUUCAUCUUGGAGUUCUCUACUCUCAGUCGACUCACAGGAGACCCUGUGUUUGAGAACGUGGCACGCAAAGCUAUCAGGGCCUUAUGGAAAACACGCUCGAAUAUUGGCUUGGUUGGCAACCAUAUAGAUGUCAUAACGUCUAAGUGGGUGGCUCAGGACGCAGGGAUUGGGGCAGGUGUGGAUUCAUACUUUGAGUAUCUUGUGAAGGGAGCCAUCAUGUUACAAGAUGAGGAGCUGCUGACGAUGUUUCAGGAAUAUGAUAAAUCCAUAAAGAACUACACUAAGUUUGAUGAUUGGUAUCUGUGGGUGCAGAUGCAUAAGGGAACCGUAUCAAUGCCUGUGUUUCAAUCGCUGGAGGCUUUCUGGCCUGGAUUACAAAGUUUAAUAGGUGAUAUUUCUAGCGCAACAAAGACCUUCCAUAAUUACUACAGUGUGUGGCGUCAGUUUGGAGGUCUUCCGGAGUUCUACAGCAUUCCUCAAGGUUACACAGUGGACAAAAGAGAGGGCUACCCUCUGCGACCAGAGUUGAUCGAGAGUGCCAUGUAUCUGUAUAAAGCCACAGGUGACCCAACCUUCAUACAGCUCGGUCGGGAUGCAGUAGAAUCAAUAGACAGAAUCAGCCGGGUGAAAUGUGGUUUUGCCACUGUUAAGGACGUAAGGGACCACAAGCUGGACAACCGAAUGGAGUCCUUUUUCCUGGCGGAAACCAUUAAAUACCUCUACCUUCUUUUUGAUCCUGAAAACUUCAUGCACAACAGCGGCACAGAGUUCGAGCUCGGCGGCCCGCAGGGGGAUUGCAUACUCAGCGCAGGGGGCUACGUCUUCAACACGGAGGCUCAUCCGCUCGACCCCGCGGCCCUUCACUGCUGCAGUCGAGAGCAGGAGGAACGCAGGGAGUUACAGGAUAUACUCCUCAGCUUCUCAGAUCCACUCAGGCACCCGAUGGACCAAUCAGACGAGACUUCAGGACCCGUAGGUGCACAAGAGAGCAUAGCACUGAAGCCAGGAGACAGGAGGAAAGCACGUGUGCUCUCUUGCCCUACUCAACCUUUUAGUGCCAAACUGGCUGUUAUGGGUCAAGUCUUCUCUGACAACUCAUGAACAGACUUUAUUGUCUUUGUCAACCAUGUACAGAGAGUAUGUUUGUAAUUUAUCUUUGGAAAGAUUAAAUGUUUUCUAAAUAUGUGUGGAUUUUUUCCACCUCUUUUUAUUAAAAACGUUUUAGAUAAAACAAAAAUGUGGCAUU